AUGGCCGCCGCCUGGCUCUGGCUUUGGCUCGGACGUGGCUGCUGCUGGCCAGUCCCUACCCAGUACCCGAGUGUGUGCCAAUGUCGUCGAGUCGCCCAAGUCAGUGUCUUUUCAGGACUGUUUGGUAAGGGGGGACGGGCAGAACGACCGGUCGAUGCCGGCCCCCUCAAGGUCGAGAGUGGCAGAAAGAGCCGAUCGGACCCGAACGGUAUUGGAGAGCAGGUUGGCUUGAAGAUGCCCGUUGGAUCCGCGCAUGAACAUGUCGAGAAGGCAGGAAAUGCGUCGGAAUGA